AUGGCAUCAUCAGCGACAGCACGGCGGCUGCGACGCGGUCUCGCAGAAGACGAGGAUGCGGGUCUCGGCAAGCUGGGUCCAGACUUCAACGACGCCGGAUGCCUCCUCAUCUCCGAGGUCAACCUCUUCUUCUCCCAGCCGGCAGGCGACGGCGCCGAGCCUGCGUCUAAAGACGAUGGUGCCACUGCCGUCGCGGAAAAGACGAAAGCAUACGUCGCCGAGUUCAGCAGGUACAAGGACCGGCCUACGAUUCGAGAAAUCCGAGCGAUCCUGAUGAAGCACGCGGCCAAGAGCGACGAGGAGCGCGAGUACGACGAAGAGGGCAACCUGAUCGAGGACGACGGGCUGGCGCUCACGCAGUUUGAAAUGGCGCAGCUCGCCAACCUCUGCAUCACCGAGGUCGAAGAGGCAAAGAGCCUCAUCCCGACGCUGGCAGGCAAGGAUGACGGGCUCCUCGAUUCGCUCCUCCAGGAGCUCGACAACGUCCGCCGCUUCUCGUGA